CUCCUCCUCCACCCCUCAAAGUACUCGAUGUAUAGUUAAAAAAUGGGAGGGCACACUUGAACCGAGCUGCUCUAUGAAGGUAGGCUGCAGCGUGUGUUUAUUGAUGAGAUGAAAAGAAGAUGGAAGUGAGAAAUGAAACAAAGUAAAGGAACAUAUUAAAAAAAAAACUAUACGCGCUUCGUCGGGGGAAAACAGGGGGAGCCGUGGAAACGCUGUCGCCACUUUUUGAACGAGCUUCGAAGUACAGAUCAACACAUGAUUUGGACAGAGAGGACUGACAGCCUUGCCUACAGCACCCGGCCUCUGAUCAGCCAUCACCACCAGCAAACUGAAGCUUGACCCGCACUUCAUCACCAGCCACACAAACAUCUUCGGAACAAAACGUCAUCUAACUGUGACAUCAGUUGCAAGGGGAUGACCGAGCGCAUUCAUAACAUCAAUCUCCACAACUUCAGCAAUUCUGUACUUGAGACCCUCAAUGAGCAGCGCAACCGUGGGCACUUCUGUGACGUGACUGUUCGGAUCCAUGGAAGUAUGCUGCGAGCUCACCGGUGCGUGCUGGCUGCUGGAAGCCCCUUCUUUCAGGACAAGCUGCUCUUGGGCUACAGCGACAUUGAGAUCCCUUCUGUGGUCUCGGUGCAAUCCAUCCAAAAGCUGAUCGACUUUAUGUACAGCGGGAUUCUGCGGGUAUCUCAGUCAGAGGCCCUGCAAAUCCUGACUGCUGCCAGCAUCCUACAGAUCAAGACCGUCAUCGAUGAGUGUACCCGCAUCGUGUCCCAGAAUGUGGGCCUGGCCGGGCCGGGGGGCUUCCCUGUUAUACCAGGAGACUCUGGUCAGGAAACGCCCCGUGGCACGCCAGAGUCCGGCACCUCUGGGCCCAGCAGCGACGCAGAGUCAGGUUAUAUGCAAGCAACAUCACAAAGCAUGGACCGUGCAUACACAUCACUGUACUCCUACCCUGGCCUCACUCUGCAGAACGGCACCCGCGAGCGCCCCCUGUACAUUAGCCCUAUGUCGACAAAUUACGAUCCCACUCUAAGCACUCAGGAGGUCCAGCAAUCUCAAGAUCCGCCCUGGAUGAACCGCAUCCAGGAGAGAUCUCAGCAGGUCGACCGCUUCAUCUCCACAGCAGAGUCCACCCACUGCCGCAAGCAGCCCCGACCGGUACGCAUACAUACAGGAGGGAUGCACAUAAAGCAGGAGGCCGAAGACGAGCACAGCUGCUACGGUAAUUUGGACUGCCAAGACAACACGGACCAUACUGAGGGUGUGGAGAGUGAAUCCAAGGUUGAAAGUUUUGACUCAGGGGUGAGCUCCUCCAUCAGUACUGAGCCAGAUGCUAUGGAGCAGCAGCCGUACCUGACGGGCUAUGGCCGAGACGGGGGCGGAGACGGUGAAGGAGGUCCAGUGCAUAUAGAGGUCAAUGACUCGUCCCCAGAGCAAGUGCAAGACCCGGAGGACGAGGACACAUCCCACAGCACUAGUGACAGUAGCAUGAUGCAGCCCCUGCCAAACUCAGUCAUGUCCCAGUCCCUGUCAAGUGCCCCGCACUACAUGCGCCAGGCAGAAUCACACACCAGCAAUCUGAGGAUGCCGCUCACCGUGACCAGCAAUUCCCAAGUGAUGGGCACUGCUGGAAGCACCUUCCUGCCCACGCUCUUUCCUACACAGCUGAAUAGAGACACCAAGCCUUUCUCUUACCUUCCUGGCCAGCAGCAAACCCAGUUUGUGGCCAUGUCGUCUCCUGCAAUGCCAUCAUUCCCGAACCCCAUGUCGGUACAGCAAGCUCAAGCUCAAGCGCAAGCGCAAGCGAUGCAGCAACAGGUCAUAGCAGGAAUUGGUCCAGGGGAAAAGAAGCCCUAUGAAUGCACUCUCUGCAGUAAAAACUUUACUGCGAAACAGAACUUCGUCAAACACAUGUUUGUCCACACUGGUGAGAAGCCUCAUCAGUGCAGCAUCUGCUGGCGCUCGUUCUCCCUGAAGGAUUACUUAAUCAAACACAUGGUGACACACACAGGGGUGCGGGCCUACCAGUGCAGCAUCUGCAACAAGCGUUUCACCCAGAAGAGCUCUCUCAAUGUCCACAUGCGGCUGCACCGUGGAGAGAAGUCCUAUGAGUGCUACAUCUGCAAGAAGAAGUUCUCACACAAGACCCUGCUGGAGAGGCACAUGGCCCUGCACAGCACAGGCGGCACCAUCACGGGGCUGUCGGUGAGCGCAGGCACCCCGGCCCUGGUCUCCAUUCCCAUGCCUAUGGCUGUCCCUGAGCCUGGAGCUGGAGUGGUGGCCCUCGCCAUGCCAGUGAGCGGAGGUGCUGGAGUAGGGGCUGGGGUUGGAACAGGAGUGGGUGUAGCUGCAGAAGUGAGCUGCCAAGAAGGGACCACCUACGUGUGCUCCGUCUGCCCUGCCAAGUUCGACCAAAUGGAGCACUUCAAUGACCACAUGCGAAUGCAUGUCUCCGAUGGAUAAGUACUAAUAGAUAAACUUCUUUCAAAAAGAAUGACAAAUAAAUGGCACUAGAUUUUCCUUUUCUUAUUUUGAGGUAUGAAGAGUAAUGAGUAUAGACACUGGCACAUUAAGUUUCCCCAAAAAAAAAAAAAAUUAUUGUUUUCUUUCUUUUUUUCUGUUAUUCUAAAAGAAAAAAAAGAUGGUGGCCUUAAGGCUUAGUAGUUUGAUAUUGAUCUACUGGAUGGAUCCUAACUACAGGCCUCUAAAUGUAUGCUUUCCUAAAAUAUUGAUUUAUGUGUUGAACACUACCGAAAGGCCUACGAAAGAAACACAUACACACAAACACACCUUUAGUGUCGAUAUGUCUGAAUGAAUAUACAUGUGCAUAUAUGUUUGAGCGUUUGUGUAUUUGCUUGUGUCUGUCUUUUCGUCUCUGUGUGUGUGUGUGUGUGUGUGUGUGUGUGUGUGUGUGUGUGUGUGUGUGUGUGUGUGUACAUUGCCAUGAAACAUUUAUCAUGGCAGUUGUGAACCCAUACUGACCAGUUUGGAAACUAUAGAUGUCCAAGCUUACUGUGGUAUAAUUUACAACAACAAUAACAAAAAAAUCAUCUGGGGUUGGGCUACAUAUUCCCUCUAAACAAAUACUGAUGGUCACAAGAUUGCCUUCUUAUGUAAAAUAAAAAAAGGAGAGUAGUUAAUUUGACACUGGGUUUUAUUUAUUCCUAUGGUAUUAAGGGAUUAUAAUGCAGCUGUUGUCAAGGUACCAAUUUCAAUCAUUUUACUGAAAUGUAACUUCCUGUCGGUGGUGACAGGGGCAAAUAUUUCUCACAUGUUUUGUAAUUGUUGUCCAUGCAUUUUGAUGGUUAAGAUUACGUUGACUAAAUUAGGGUGUGUUGAUGAGACAGUAUUUGAGCAAAAAUAUGUUUCUUUUUUUCUGAAGUUUGGAGUUUAACUCAUUUGCAUACACUGCCACUAAUAUCCUAAAAGACUGUUAAGGCUAGUAGACCUCUUCCAUUUCAAAACAUGAGAAAAAAAGAAAGAUUCUUUUGCUGAUGUUUUUGUUUUUUUAGCCUUUCACACUCACAGUUAUGGCAGUUAUGCGACUAAACUCUCUCCUUCAUAAUUGCUGCUCCUCAACUUGCACCUGACUGUUAUGGGAUGCAGAUUCAAAUUGUAACUUUAAUUAUUGUUGUUGAUCAGCCUACAUGGUUGUAAUUUGAUAAUCGGAUUAUAAUAUUUGGGGGGUUUAGGCUUGUCGUUGAUUGGAACAAAGAGGGAAGUAUUUAAUUUGAAUCAAUUGGAAAUAAAUGCCAUCCUGAUCCUGAAACCCCUGUGCAACCUAUUCAUUACUAUUGCAACGCUAUUUCAGCAAGUGGGAGCUAAAUGCAUAACUCUUUAUGUAUUGGCUCCAAUGGCAGCUCCAAUGGCAUGCAACGUGAUGAAAGGAAAUGCAGUCUCAAAGUAAAACAAGUAGCUCUUUUGAAAUCACACUGUUUCGUGAUAUACCACAAGUUGCAGAUGGACUUUCUAGACGAUAGUAUACAUUCCUGAUUUUUCUAAACAAACUGAGACACAGCAUGUACAGAAUAGAUUUGGAAGUUAGUGUGCAAAAGUUGUCAUCCGUGCAUCACAUCACGUAAGGCUCAUUUCUAAUAUUUGAAUAGUUUUUUAUUGCUUUUUAUUCGAAAUAGGACACUCUCACACUCACACACACACACACACACACACACAUGCAACUGCAAUCUGGAGGAUUUGCUCAUUUAUGUGAGCGAACACUUUCGUAGUUGUAUUGUUAAAAUAAUAACAAACUGCAUACAGCUUAAAAAGACCUGCUGUAGAUUCAAAAAAACAAAGUGCUACUUUGCACAUUUUCUUAAAAUGCCUGUGCUUAAUAUUUAAUCAUUUUCCUUAAAUGAACUUCUAUGAUUUUCUUUUAUUCAAUUUCAAAGGAAAAAAAACAUUUCUUUUUUUUAAAUCUUGAUAAGUGGACUGCAUUAUUUUCUUGCAUAUAUGUUGCACUGCUUAAACCAAUAAGUGCACUACUGUUAACAGAGAUAUUAUAGUUUUAGAAAAGAGGAUUUUUUUUUUUUUUUUAAAUCUAACAUUUGGUUGUAGAGUUCACAUGUAAUAGAAUAGCUUUGUUUCAAUUUAUUCAUUAAGUACUUCAGUGGUUCUUGGCUUUUGUUAUCGCUUGCAGUUACCUACAGUAUAUCCUUGUGCCGUGUUAAUGCAAGCAUUUAUUUUUAUUUAAAUAUGUACCAUAAUGUGUGCUCAUCUAUGUUUUAACCUUUUGAAUUCAUUCUUUUAUGGAGUCAGCUCCCUAUAACAGUUAAUCAAUCGCAUUUCUUUAGAAACAGACAGAAUUUUCCUCCAAGAACAUCCAAGCCAAACAACAUUAACAGUGAAACAGUAAUAAUAAACACAACUCCCGUCCAACUCCGUUGGCGGAGGUAAUGAUAAUAAUAACUAUUGUUGUAUUAUUAAUAGUAAUACAUUUAAAAUGUGUGUGUGUGUGUAACAUAAAUGAUAUGUGUGUCCUAGAACAACUUUCUGUGGGGUUUUAAGGUGCGGGAGGUGAUGGAAUGCAGCUUCUUUGAUAUCUGUCUGUCGGUUGUACACAGUUGUGUCCCUUCCUUAGUGUUUGUAUGUCUGUGAGUGUCUGUGUGGUAUUUAGCCUAAUCAAACUGUUAAUAAGUGGAAUAUCUGAACUGUAGGGCUUCCUUUGCAAUAUGCAGCGCAGGUACUAUGAGAAGCAGCUCUCCAAACCUUUUUGGGGCGAACACGGCACCGGUAACAUUUGUUCUGAGAUCUGACGAAAAAGCCUGUAGGUCAAGUACUGUUGUACUUCAUUGCACCCGUUUGGAGAAGUUAUAUCCAGCUUUUUGAAAUUUCAUAUAAUUGCUACUAGAUUUCUGAUCCCUGUGGAGUCAGCUGAAGUGAAGUCAAGUGAUGAGCAUGUGAGACCUGGAGACUUUCUGUAUUCUGGUUUCUCCCCGGCUAAAACAAAAAAAGAAAAAAAAAAAAUAAGUUGAAAAAGCGUGAGGUGAGUCCUCAGUAAAAGUAGCACAUUAUUUAACAUUUGAUUAGGCCUGUCUCCGUUGCUGUGCAUAUACGCCGAAAUUGUAUGGUUGCUGUUUGUAGCUGUUGUUGCCAGGAUGGCAAUAUUGCUGCAUGCUAGUGCUAUCUUUGUCUCUACACAGCACGUGGAGGGUAAUCUCAUGCCUUAUCAGACAAUGCACUAAAUAGAAUAUGUAAGCAACUGCCGAGAUCUCUUUCCAACAGUACUGCCACAUGUAUGGCACACAGCUCAUGAUGUUGGUGUUGUUGUCUGUUCAGUACCAAGUUAAACACUGCCAAACGAACAUCAUCACUUCUUUGAAAGCAAAGGCAGAGACAUGAAUUGAAUUGUUUCAGUGUAAUGUGUGUAUUCAGUAAUCUAGCAUUCCUUCAUGGCACCUAAAUUUUUACAUAUUUUGUGUAAACACAUAUAUCAAAUGCACUAUUGACUGUAGCUAGAUGAGUACAACCAGCUUUGUGGUAUCAUUGGUCUAAAUAGUAGGUUAAGUAGCUCGAUGUUGGUUUUUUGAACUAUUUGAUUUCAGAAUUACACUAUCAAUUGUUUCUCUAUCUUCUUUUUUUUUUUUUUUUUUGGUAUAACAAAAGUAGCCAAUCUCAACGUUCUCCGGAUGAGGGCUAAUAACUCGUCCAAUCGUCAGUUGACUUCUUGUAUCAUAAGGUGUUUGAUAGCAGACCAGGCUUGGAAGGGGAGGGACCUUCUCUCCAGUGUGUCAUAACGUUCUUUAGCAUACCCAGGCUCCUCCCCCCCCCCCCCCCCUCCCCUGUUGCAUUAGCAUCACACGCUCUUCACUGUCCAUAGUUAUAUAUUCCUUAUACUGCUUCAGCUACUCGUGGUGGUGCUUAAUUCUCUUUUCUCAGUGUUGCCGAAAAGUUGGUUGAAAAUUGUUGAAAAGUUGCAACAUUAUCCAUAAAAAUGAGUCCUUAUCUCAAUCGUGCUUCUUCUAGUUGUUAGUUUGAAAAAAAAAAAAAAAAAGUCUAGACUUUAUGUUUGCAAAGUGUUCGCAUAUUUUCCAGAACAAAACAUAUUGAGAAGUAGAUAAUAGCCUUGAGCCUGCAGCUGUUUGUAUUGUGUUUCAAAUAUAUUACUGUUCAUGUUUUGUUUAUCUAGUGUAGAGACACAGGGUCUACAGUACAUUGUUGUCCUUCUUGCAGUAUGUUUAAUUCAUCGUUAUACUUCUUAAUUUCAGACUUCCUCCUGCUUUUUUUUUAUGGUGAUCAUAGUGGUGUUGUUUAUACAUACAUAGCUUCACGCAAAUGGAUAAAGGAUAGUCCGUUAUUGAGUCAUAUUUCACAGUGUAUAUAUGCCUAUAUGCUUUGCAUUGAGAUGAAAACAAGGAAACGGAAGAUAGUAAUGGUGAGGGGGUCAUGUUGAGUAAGGAACAGGUUCAUUUUAUUUUGAUAAGCAUGUGUCGGUCUUCCUGUUCGUCUUUCAGUCUGUCUCCACACAUUUUAAAGUCAGAUCUCUUUAUUUAAGCUUGAAUAAAGUCACAAAGUUACGAGUAGAAUACAGAAAACGCAUGAAAACAUCCAGAUAAUACUGAACUGCAUUUUUCUUUUGGGCCUUCUACAGCACACACAAGAGUGAAAUAGAUGACUUCUUACAAAUAUACUAUAUAUAUUUAAGUACCACCAUCUCCACACAGAUGAAGAAUACAUUUUCAGAUAGUUUGAUAGAGACAUAAUUGCAGCUAGAGUAUACAGUAUCUUGUGGGAUAUAGGGGAUAUGCCUAUCAAGUGCCUAUCAGUACAUACAGCAACUAUACAGAAUAUUCAUAGUUUUUCUCUCCUACAUUGCACAGAUACAGUAUAUACACAAUGGUCUAUUCAAAUAAAUACUAUUUAUACUAUUACUGCUAAGACCUGGUGGUUGUGAGUACAUCCUAAGAGAACCCUUUAAAAUACCUGAGAUGCUCUAUUCAUAUACAGUAAAAGCUACAUCUGCAAGUUUUAUUUUUUAUCUUACAUUUAUACAACUUGGAGGAUUCAAAGAUAUAAAAUGCGAUCACAUUUUCACAUUUUUGAAUGAAAUGUUACAAAUAGGUUUAGUGGGUUCAGAAGGUUCCUGAGACGUUUAUGUCCUUUCAGAAUAUAACGACCUUUUUUUUCACGUUGCUCUCUCUCAUUGGUGUUUGGCAUAUUGCAAGUGCCAUUUUUAGUUUCAGUUUUUGCCAUUUGCAGGCAAGCCAUAUACUGUACUGUAUGUUUGUGGGAGAAAGGGCAGUGGCACUUUGUGCACAGCAGAGGGAGCCACACAUUAACCGGAAGAGGUUAAGUUAACACUGUCUGCCACAAUGAACAAAAAUCCAUAUAAGUUGAAUAUUUGGAUUUUUUUUAUUGUGUUGCCGGUAAAUAUUGCCAUUCUUCCGGUUAUGAUAUACCUACAAGCCUGGUGGUUUUUACCUCCACUGGCAAUUUAUGUCCUUUGACCCUGAUGACUCAUGAGAGUCAAUGCCCAAUUUCCCCACAACAAUCAUUAAAGUGUUAUCUUAUCCGACAGCCUUGUUGUUUACGUGCAGCUUGAGAUUGUAAAGGGAAAGCAACGAGCAGCGUGAAAAAAGAAACGGGUCAUUUAGAUACUUAUAACCACUUGGAGGCAAAAUGAGAAUACAAAUUGAAAGUUUUGGCAACAGAGAACAACCCACGGAGCAUUCAAAUGUCUUUAAGUGGUUUGUUGAACAACAAGGAAACAAAACGAACAGAAAAUAUAUUGGAAUAAAAAGCAUAAAUCAAGUUUGAGGACUGAGUGGCUGUGAGAUAAAAGGUGUUGGGAUGGCUUAUUAUUCUGUCCCCUGUGGACUAAUUAGUUUUCUCUGUAACCUUCUCCAGCCUAGUUACUGUGCCAAAUUUAGGAGGGGGAAAAAAAGACACUUUUUAAAUUGUACCUCUAUUGUUAAAUUAGAUGUGAGAACGAAAGCAGGCAAACGGAAAUUGAAAAUUGUUUUAUAUUUUAAAAAAAUCUGCAAAACCGAUAAUAUAUUACAACAAAACAUGCAUCAUACCAAAAGCAAGUGAUUGUCUAUAUUUUGAAUCUUUAAAUCCUCCAUAAUGCAUAGUUUUCAAGUAAAUAGGAGAAAACAGCUAUGAUUAACAAAUGCACAUUUUGAAGGCUUAGUUUCAUAUACAUUGAAUGUUCAAAUGAAGCAUUAAUAACAGUAUAGGCAAUGUGAUAAAGCUCGUCCCUGUCAUCCAGCCGUCACACAAACAGCAUCUGUUCACAUUUUACCGUCAAACAUCCGGAUUCUGUCUUCAUUUUGAGCUUCACACAGAAACGGCGAAGCAGCUGUUCACAUUUUAAAGCACGACACAGCUAAACUAAGCUAACAAAACAUCUACAGUAUAUAAACUAUGACGCUUUCUCCGAACAUGCAGUUAUCACACUACCCUGAUGAGGUUUUUAAGAGAUAUCAUCAUCAGGUAACUAACCAUCCAUCAGUCCAAAUGAAGCAUGCAGUCCUGUCCACACAGCUUUUUUCCUGUAGGGGAGAACUUUGUUUUUGAUGGAGCACAAGCUAUAUUUUGAAUGUCCCUCGAUAACAGGCUUUCUGUAUCUUUUUAAUUUUUAAUUUUUCACAAUGAGGAGGAGACUAAGGCACGAUUUAGCCUCAGAAGACGAAACAUUAAGCCUCUCUGUGUUCUCAGUCGCUGUAGUCUUUCUUUCUUUUUUUUUUUGGCUUAGUCCACCUUGACAAGACGAUUCGUUUUAAAGUGCGUUAACUAAAAACAUGCAUUCCUGUUCAAGUCCAGAGCAUUCCUACUCGUUGUCUGGCAUUCAUUUUCCACACUUAACUAUCCUAACAACAGGGAGGACUUCCAGCACUUAAUAGUUGUACACAUCUGUUGAGUAUUUGGUCAUGUAGUAGCAAACAUUGCCCAUCACAUCAAAGUUUAGUGAAAUGUAUAUUUCCCUCAAGUCGUUCAAUCUAUUCUCGCUGUAAAUUCAACAUAAGUCUUGUACGCCUUGAGCACAGCUAAAGCUUGUGUGGGCCGGUUCUAUAGACAACAUGCACUAUGCUAUCACUCUGUUGCUCUAUGUAGGUCUCUCCUUCAUAGCGCAGAGACAUAAAAUACAACAACAAAAAAAAGAUGUUGGCCACUGUCUCAGCCAGCACAUAGUCCGUCCUAAUGGACAUUCAGACUUUAAACUUUUAGCAGUGUAAUGUACCUAAAGGAGGCUGGUGGUUUGUAAAGCGGGGCCAUGCUAAUCAUUAGAAGUCAAAUGAAAGAAAAAAAACUGUACCAGACAAUGUUUGUUUUCAUAAACCAAAGAAGGGUUAAAAGAAUUUAAGUUUGAUGGAGAAAGUAACAUUUCUUUUCAGUGUGUGUGUGUGUGUGCGCCUGCGUGUGUGUGUGUGGGGUUCCUAAGCGAUUGGGUUAGUUUGCUAUAGUUGUUUUUUUCUUUGUUUUUCUUGUCAUUGCCGGGUGCUUGUGAAAAAGCAUCUUUGUUUUUGUCACGUGUUCAGUUGUUUAUAGUUUUGUGGUUGUGUUCCUUUGCCUAUUGUAGACCAAAAUAGAUUUUUUUUUUUAUAAGAAAUGCAACAAAACAUAAAAAUGAAUCUGACACAGUAGCUGUGAUGUAAACUAUCGCAUGUUAAAACAUGUGUAAGAUUGUAAGUGUUGCAUCGUUCCUCUGACAAAACAUAAUAAUCAUUAGUUAUGUCUUCUAUACACACAUUUAGCCAAUCAGUGUAGACCUGUCUUCACCUUCACAUUGGAUUAUAUCUAAAUAGUUUUGUAACAGCAGUUUUCUUCAAAUAUUGGCACUGUCUAAUAUUUCAAGGCUGUCCCUAAAAUACUAAUCUGACAUUGUGACUUUGAGUACAUUUAGCCAUUCAUACUGGAGAUGGACCAAGUUGUUAAGUUUGCACAUAUUUGUAGGUUGUUUAUGAAGCCAAAAAAAGAAAGGAAAGAGAACAAUGAUACCUUCAGUCUCAGCAAUUCAAGUCAAAUCCAGCUGAGGUGUUCAUGAUCUCUAAGCAAAUAUUACAGUCGUUCAUGUUCACUGAAAAAAAGCAUCAGAGCCAGCCAUCACUACAUGGAAAAAAAUUAAUUAAAAACCAAACUGUAAAACGCAUUUUAAUAUCACAACGUGGUCCAAAUAUUGAUGAAAGUGAUGAGAUAUAUUUUUGUAAGGACAACGCAUCUCUUGCGAGCGGAAUGUAAACCAUUUGGCUAAAAUCUGACGAUAUUUUAUUACUGUAAGGUCUAAUUCAAGGUGAAUCUGCUGUAUAUUUUUCAUCUUGUGUGUUCAAAAUAGAAAAACUUAAUUACUGUAAUUCGGGCGAU